AUGUCGCAGCAGCCGGACACCCAAGGAGACGCCCACCCCGCAUCGGUGAGGUCAAGGACGCCGCCUAGCCCUGCCCAUGGAGCGCCCAUACCGUCUCCCGACGAGGAAGCGGUGACCCCAAGGACGCUCGCGCAGACCGGCCGCUCUAAAACAGCGCCGAUCUUCCAGGAGAAGAGCACGCUGUGGAAGUCUUCAGUCGACCACCCGCAGCUUUCAGAGAGGGACAGCAUCUUCGCUACUACCUAUCUAGUGGCCGACACGCCCGCAUCUUCCCCGCAGACCAGCGCACACCUGCCAGCCGCCGACGACGACGAUGCCCCAGAACACAGCUUAUCAGAUAUGGCUGCGCCCGUGCCGCCUCAGCGACGCCUGAUUGAUGCACCCGUCUUCCGCAGGAAGCAAUCGACGUACCCGCCCGUCGCCCUGGACGAUCACCACGCGCUCCUAGCCACUCAUUUCAAUUCGCAGAAGCCCAUUGCAGUCGGCAUGGGAUUGGAUGGUGUGAGACACAGUCCUCCGCCGUUCAUGAGCCCGGUCGAUUCUCCCGUACAGCGACCCGUCACCCCCUACCUUCCAAACGUACAAUCGGCGCUUGACGAGAGACUCGUGGACAGUGAGGAGCGGCAGCGGAACAUAGCAUGGCGCGGAGGGCAGCCUCUUUCUUUCAAGGGCACUGGUGCGCCAGACGCCUCCAAAAAGGACAAUUGCAUCGAGAAGAAAAUUGACGUCACUCUGGCGAACAUCGAUCAGCCCGUUUCGUCCCGAAGUCGGAAAGCAAGUCACUUUCUCCGGGUGUUCAAAGAUGGCGAUGGCAGUGAUGAGCUGCUGAAGCGAGAUGCGCGCGCGAAGGAGCGGCGACAGACAGACAAGAAGCUCCCUGUGCCUCAGGAGGAUGAACACGCCAGAUCUGGGACCAAUGGGGUCAGCUCUCUGACUGAGCAGCUGCAGCGCAUGUCGCGGCCGUCAUCAAUGGUACAAUCACCCGCGAACGACUCAGUGGAGCAGUAUUUCGAAAAAGUGCCUACUCCGCGCAGUGAGAAUGGACCUAGCGUUCUAUCAGAUCACAAGGCCACCCAGCAAGCAUUCGAAGACACGGUAUACAAGCGACCGCUUCCGAAUUAUGUACUGGACGAGAUCAGGGCCAUCGCCAAUCUCACACCAGGCGCUCAACCGGGGUCCUCAUUUUCUCGAAGCCUGCCUACUUCGGCUGCAGAAAAGUUCCAUGCGCAUGCGUCCACUACAUCAGUUAGGCAUGAGUAUAAGGAACCGGCCGAUUACUUCCAGGCAAAUGGUGCAACCAAUGCUGAGCCAUCGCCUGUGUCUGAAGAAGAGGAAGACGACUCGGAACGGGAACAAAUCUCAUCCGCACUUUACUUCCCCCAUCGGCGACUUAAAAAUGCCGAUCAGACUUCUGACGAAGUACAUGAUCGUAACGCAGAGACAGAAGGUAAUGAGGAGAAGUCUUCGUUCAAUGCAGGGAAAGGAUCUGGAGGUCGUACUGAAGGGGAUGCUCCUCGAACCCCGCAAGAGGUAGAAAUUUCUCUGCAGUCCAAAGAUACAAAUCAAUGCCUCUAUGGUGAUAUUUCCACGACGGCUUCGGUGCGGCAUGAAGACGAGGAUCCACUGAAUGCCACAGAAAUCGAGCCGCUUUCAGCUGAAUCUGAGUCGGAAUCGCUUGCUGAGUCUACGCACUCGCUACUUGGCUAUGAGUCUAGUGUCACUGAUGAUCUAGGCACUACGCCCACUGCGACAACAUACGCGAAGGAGGUAAAAGUUGUACCUACUCCACCUCCUCAGCCGGAAGCGCCCGUUGAUGCCGUAGAGUUGAAGCCGUAUGAUCACCAAGUCGGUGGCCAUUCGACGGUUUAUCGCUUCUCCAAAAGGGCUGUUUGCAAGCAGCUGAACAACAGGGAGAACGAGUUCUAUGAAACGGUGGAACAGCAUCAUCCGGAGUUGCUGGAAUUUUUACCAAGGUACAUCGGUGUAUUGAACGUUACUUAUCGAAAGGCACCCAAGAAGAAGAAACCUAAAGAUAAAGGAACAGGCGAUGCUGCCACUUCUGUAUCCGCAUCACAAAAGGAGCCUGGCUUAAAGCAGGAAUCCGCAACUGCGGACCAACCAGCACAAGCACAGGAUCAACAACGCAUGAGCGCCGUAGGGUCUGCUCCAAAUCCUAGAAGGAAUAGCACCGACGUUGCAGCCUUGCAAACUGGAAUUGCGGAGGAAUCAACGCGCAAGCAGGUACUAAGGUCUGAGGCGCGCCGACAUGCGUCUAUUGAACUCAAUACACCAAUUUCAGACGAUCUCGGCGAGAAGCCGAGCCAGAGAACUACAGAGAAGCUCAUGCCGCCUACCAAUACUACCUCCAGGCGCCGUCAUUCUGGUAGUGGACUUGUCAGGAGACCACUCGGUAUAGAUUGUGCGCAUAGACACAACCUUGAGUACUAUGAAGAGGACGGAUAUGGCGGCGAUCGUGAAGAAGAGGUUUUCGCUAUGGACGAGGACCGAAAGAAACCAGCUCAAGCCAAUGGUACAAAGAAUGGCCAAAGGUCUGAAACGAUGGAUUCGCCAAGCACGAGAGGAGCGGACGGACCAAAAGAAGGAACGAUGCUGCCAGCCCCUGUCACCCCCAACGAAUCGAGUAAUGCAACUACUAAUGGAUCGCCCUCAAAUCCCGAGCAAGCUCAGCUGCAACCGGAUGAACGUGUACAACACUUCAUCCUUCUUGAAGACCUUACGGCAGGUAUGUCGAAGCCAUGUGUGUUGGAUCUAAAGAUGGGCACUCGACAGUACGGCAUCGAAGCAGAUGGGAAGAAGCAACGUUCGCAGAGACGCAAGUGCCAGAUGACCACCAGCCGAGAACUCGGCGUACGCGUCUGCGGCAUGCAAAUAUGGAACGUCAAGACCCAAAGCUACGUCUUCGAAGACAAAUACUACGGCCGCGACCUCAAAGCCGGCAAGGAGUUCCAAGACGCCCUGAAAAAGUUCUUCUGGGACGGCACGGGCCACAAGGCAGCUACAAAGCACAUACCAGUUAUCCUCGAGAAGAUCAGCCAGCUCGAACGCAUGGUCAAGAAACUCCCUGGCUACAGAUUGUAUGCGAGCAGUCUGCUCAUGCUCUAUGACCGCGGCGACACAGAGGCCAAAGACAAUACCAACGGCUACGAUUCCGCUGCACCAGCGAAACCCAAAUUCCCGGAGAUCAAGCUCAAAAUAGUCGACUUUGCAAACUGCGUUACUGCGGAAGAUCCGCUGCCUGACGAUCUGCCCUGCCCGCCCAAAGACCCGGACGGCAUCGAUAGGGGCUAUCUCCGCGGUCUGCGCUCCCUGAGACUCUAUUUCCAGCGCAUUUGGAAAGAUAUCAAUGAAGAGUGGGUUGAGCGUGGCGAGGGUGAAGGCAUGGCAUCCCGGAAUCAUCAUGGGCCUGGGUUGGGUGAUGUUGGGCCCGGGUGGAUGGAUGAUGCCGGGGGUGAGGAUACGGGGUAUGUUAGUUUUUAA